AUCGCCCGGUGGUGCAUAGGGCCUCAUCAGGGAUUUACCAGCUGCGGAGCUUUGACGCUAGGAUGGAUACACAAAAUUGAAACAACGAAACAAAAGAAAAGAAAAGAAAAAAAAAACAACAAAGCUGAAAGACGCAGGACCUGGAGGGACGCGCUUGUUGACCACCUGUUGCCGCGGAGUGCAGCGUGCACUAAUUGGUCGGAUGCUGCCCGGGUACCGGAAGCGGCCGGUGCCUAUCGCCGGCGAAACCCAGACAACAGCCGCAGGUUCUGUGCGAGCGGGCGGAGCAGCGGCGGGAGCCCGAGCGGAGCGAACGUGGGGCGGUAGCGGCCCGGAUUGUGAGAUGGGGACUGAGAACAAGGAAGUAAUUCCCAAGGAAGAAAUUUCUGAAGAAUCUGAGCCAUGUGGUACAACACUACAAAAACAUUCAAAGGUUGUUUUCCAGUGUCAUGAUUUUGGAGCAACAUGCGAAAAAGACAUGAUAGAGGGACAUUUGAGAGAGUCCACAGAAGAGAUUAUAGAGCACAUAUCUCCUCACGAGAGAGACUUUAUAUCAGGAUUGAUUAUCUUUAAGAAAUCACCUUCAAGUGAAAAAGAUGGGGAGAAUAAUGAGACAGAGAGAGUUUGUAGUCUCAGCCAAGAUCUGGUCACACUUGAGGGAGAGACCACAGUAGAGGCGAUUAAUACGUUUGCUACUUCUGGCCAAAAUUUCAUAGAGAAUUCAGAACCUAACAAAACACAGAGAUGUUCAAUGGGAGAAAAGCCUCACACUUGUAAAGAAUGUGGGAAAGCCUUCAAUCAGAACUCACAUCUUAUCCAGCAUAUGCGAGUUCAUAGUGGAGAGAAACCCUUUGAAUGCAAGGAGUGUGGAAAAACAUUUGGAACUAACUCAAGCCUUCGACGGCAUCUGAGAAUUCAUGCUGGGGAGAAACCCUUUGCUUGUAAUGAGUGUGGAAAGGCUUUUAUUCAAAGUUCACAUCUUAUUCACCAUCAUAGAAUUCAUACUGGGGAGAGACCUUAUAAAUGUGAAGAAUGUGGUAAAGCUUUUAGUCAGAAUUCAGCCCUUAUUCUACACCAGAGAAUACACACUGGAGAGAAACCAUAUGAAUGUAAUGAAUGUGGGAAAACAUUUAGGGUUAGCUCACAACUUAUUCAGCAUCAGAGAACUCACACUGAAGAAAGAUAUCAUGAAUGCAACGAGUGUGGCAAAGCUUUCAGGCAUAGCUCAGGCCUUAUCAGACACCAGAAAAUUCACACUGGAGAAAAACCGUAUCUGUGCAAUGAUUGUGGGAAAGGUUUUGGUCAGAGUUCUGAGCUUAUUCGGCAUCAAAGAAUACAUACAGGGGACAAGCCCUAUGAAUGUAAUGAAUGUGGGAAAACAUUUGGCCAGAACUGUGAGAUCAUUAGGCAUAUUAGAAUUCAUACAGGUGAGAAACCAUACGUAUGUAAGGAGUGUGGGAAGGCCUUUAGGGGGAACUCAGAACUUCUUAGGCACGAGAGAAUCCACACUGGAGAGAAACCUUAUGAAUGCUUUGAAUGUGGCAAGGGAUUUAGGCGAACCUCCCACCUUAUUGUUCAUCAAAGAAUUCACACUGGAGAGAAGCCUUACCAGUGUAAUGAAUGCGCAAGAACAUUUUGGGAUAACUCUGAGCUGCUUCUCCACCAGAAAAUUCAUGUCGGAGAGAAACCUUAUGAAUGUAAUGAAUGUGAGAAAACAUUCAGCCAGCAUUCCCAACUUAUCAUACAUCAGAGAAUUCACACUGGAGAGAAACCUUAUGAAUGCCAAGAAUGUCAGAAGACUUUUAGUCGGAGCUCUCACCUCCUCCGACAUCAGAGUGUUCAUUGUAUGGAAUAAUCAGCCAAAUAGAAAGAUUUCUAUGAAAGAGAUGGUCAUACUUACCAAUUGUUCAUAAUUUGUGCCUCAAGUUUUCAGAUCAAAUGAGUGAACAGACCUCUGUUCUUCUGAUUUUCAACAGUAGAAAGGGGUUAGGUACUGUUAUGAACUAUUCAUUGAGAAGCUUUAACAUGCUGAAUUAAAUAAUAAAAGUUGUUUUGGUCUUUUA